CUGGCCACCUCUGAAUGAGGCUGACCCGGUUCUCUUUCUCUCCCCGCUUCAGGCACCAGCCUUGCAGGUGAACCUCACGCAGCCCUGCCGGGCCGGCAGCAACAGCAGUUCUGAAAGGUCCCUGGCCGUGGCCGAAGAAAUGUGCAGCCUUAUCCCAGAGAAGAAAUGCCGGCAAGUGCAAGAGGACCCAGAUCCCAUUAUGAGAGGCUGGCUGCAGAGGGAGGUGCGGGGGGGUCGAAAGGCCCCUUGGUGGCGUCCCCGCAAGUACUGGUUCGUGCUGACCCAGGAGUCCCUGGACUGCUACAGUGGGUGCGAGGUGGGGGCCCAGCGCCUGGCCUCCCUGGUCCUGACCAGCCUCUGCUCUGUGCUGUGGCCUGACAAGCAGACCUACAAGGAGACGGGGUACUGGGCAGUGACCGUUUUUGGCAGGAAGCACUGCUACCGGCUGUACACAGAGCACUUGAACGAGGCCGUCCAUUGGGUGUGCGCCCUGCAGAAGGUCAUUGUCAGCCAGGCCCCUGUGCAGACCCCCACGCAGCUCUUCAUGUCAGACCUGGAGGAGAACCACGGUCGCCCAGACGUCCUGGAUCAGAUUUAUCGGAACAACCCCAUCCUCCGCUACACCGCCGGCCCCAUCUACGCGCCCCUGCUGCCGUUCCCUUACGGAGCUGGCGAAGGGGCAGAGGCCAGCAGCCGCGGUUACGCAGCCCUUCGCGAUGAAGCAGUGAAGCUGUUCCAUUCGCUGCAGCAGCUGGAGGGGGUGCGGGAGCCGGCCCUCCUCGCACAGGGGGUGCUGCAGACCUGCCUUGACCUCCCUCCCUUGGUGGACGAGAUCUACUGCCAGCUGGUGAAGCAGACCACCCAGCCGCCUGCGCCGGGGACCCCGCCUGACCUGCGCUACUGGCAGCUGCUGGCUUGCAUGAGCGGCACCUUCCAGCCCUCCCCGCCCGUCCAGGGCUACCUGCAGCGGCACCUCCAGCGGACAGAGAGCCGGUUCCCAGGCUCAGAGAUGGCCCAAUACGGACGUUUUAUCAAGGAGGCUCUGCGCAAGACUCAAGGGCGGGAGUGUGUGCCAUCGCUGGAGGAGAUCGAAGGGCUGAUGGGACACCAAGAAGUGGCACGCCCCAUGCCGCGCCGUGGCACGGCCCCCUGCCAUGUGACCAUCGCUUCCCACACCACAGCGCAGGAGCGCUGACGGCCCUCCUGCUGGGCGUGGCUGGGCCCCCUCCUGUCACUCGCUCUGUCUCCUCCUCCUCCUCCCGGGAGCUGAC